CUGAAAAACUAUGUGGAAAACGCUCGGGCUUGACGGUUGACGAAUUUCAGAAUAGUCAUCACCUUGAGUGCAGAUCAUCAGUUGGGCUAAUUGAAUCGGGAUCGCAAAAAAGUGGAAAAUAAUGAACGGACUGCAAUUGGGGGGAUAGCGGAUAGAGCUUGCCAAUUUUUGUUGCCAAAUAGCCGCAAACGCGACAAUCAGAGUGCUAAGUGAGCCAUCAAUCAGUGCAGACCGAGGUCAGCUGCAUUGUCAUGGCUGGUUUGGUGCCACUGCUCACCUGGCUGGUGGUCCACCUGCUCCAGGCGAGGGCCCACUACAUACAGAUUGACCAUGAGGAGUUUCGUGCCAGCGGCUUUCCGCAUCCGCACUUUCCGCCGCCACCGCUGACGCCGCUGGAUCACCUGCCCCAGGUGCUGGCCGCCAAGGAGCUGACUCCCGCCGAGGUGAUGGUGGACCUGACCAACGACCUGACCCACCGCCUGCUCCACUACCACUCCAUCCUGAACCGCAACAACUUCGCCUUCUCGCCCACUGCCCUGGUCAGUGUGCUGGUGGCUCUGUUCGAGGGUUCUGCUGGCAACAGUGCCGAGGAACUGCGUCAUGUCCUGCAGCUGCCCAACAACAGGGACGUGACUCGCGUGGGCUACCGCGACAUCCACCGACGACUGCGGACUUACUUCUUUGGCUCCGACAAUCCACUGAAGGGACUCAGCUUGAACAAAGGCAAUGUGACUGUUCUCAAGGACUUUGAGACGGUUCUCAUGUUUUACGGCUACGACUUGAGUGUAGAUAUGCUCUCCUCCACGCCAGCCAAUCUCACGGCAGAUGCUGAGUUGGUCAACACCACAAUGGCCACCAACACGACGACCAUGCAAAUGGAGGCGGAAACCACAACGCUUAAGGAUGCGGAAAGCACAACAGUAGAGCCAGCCACAACAACCACGGAGGCACCGGCGACGACAACAGAGCCUCCAACCACCACAGAGGCUCCAGCGGAGGCGGAGGCUACCACAGAAGCACCUGCUGCCACGUCGGGCGAAGAGGAGGCCGCUGAGCCCGCAGGUGAGGAUGAAGCUGCCGAGCUAGUGUCCGCCUUUGUAGCCGAGGAGGAUGCCGAGCCUCUUCUGCGUAUCCAGAAGGCUAGAGUCUCCAGACUGCCCAUCAGCAAACUCCAAGCGCCGCUCAAGCAUUCGAAUCCUAUCACUCCGAAGCCCAUUUACCUGCCCAGUGCGCGCACAGUGGCCAUGCCAAUGCCAAUGAUGGCACGCCAGGUGGCGGAGCGGAAGCCACCAGCAACCCGGCAAGUAAUUUCUAUUAUAACGCCAUCCGCACAACCAGUAAACAUUUCGGUGACUCGGAAGACGAAGACGGCACGAUACAAGCGUCACGCGAUACCAGCAUACAAGGAUCUGGAUGCGAAUCUCUUUCUGACGCUCUUCAAUCCGCACACGCAUGUCCCGCACCAUCCGCUGCACUUUCCGCCGCCAGCGCCCGCUGCCUUUGCACCCAUCACCAAUGACUUUGAGCCACACUAUGUGGGAGAGGCGGCCGAGGGAAAGUCGAACUAUAACACGGAUGUGAUCAGCCACGUGUUCUACUUGGGCAAUCAGCAGGUGGUGCACACCACCUUCAAGGUGUACAACGCAGUGCUGUACUACAAGUACUUUGAGCACCUGAAGAUGAGCGUGCUGGAACUGGAACUGGACACACCUGAGUACAACCUAAUGAUCCUGUUGCCCGACUACCACACGGAUAUUGUGGCAGCCGCCGCCUCCUUGAAACUGGGACCAACCCUUCGGCUGAUGCGGAAGCAGUUGAAGCCACGCUGGGUGCAAGCCAUCAUUCCGGACUUCAAGCUGCAUGGCACCAUGUUCCUGACCAACGACUUGCAGAAUAUGGGAAUCUGCGACGUAUUCGAACCAAAUCGCGCCGAUUUCAGGCCCAUGACUGAGGAGAAGGGCGUCUACGUGCGGCACAUUGAGCAAUCCAUAGACGUCACCAUCCGUACGCAUCCCAUCAAUCAGCUGAAGCGCAACUACGGCGCCCAAUCGAAGCCGAUUCAGAUCUCUGUGAAUCAUCCGUUUCUGUUUUUCAUCGUCGAUCGCGACUUGGACGUGGCUGUGAUGUCGGGCCGCAUACUGAAUCCGCUGAACGUACGCAUCCAAUGA